AAACGGCGCUGUGUGACUCAAAGGCCCUUGAAACACCGCUGAUCUUGCGACGGCCCUGCUUUUUGUCUUCUACCGAUUUGGUCCUUGAAUCUACAGAAUUUCAACGGCACUAACUCUAACGAUUUCGUGAUUUCGUCUUUUUCGAUUCGGCAACACUGCAGUAUAUAUGUGUAUUUUGCGAAUUUGCGGGGUAGAAAAUUCGUUGGGUUGUUGGGUAGAACAAGAACUCGACAAAAACAUUUUGAUUUUUGAUAAAUUUAAUGUUACCUUACCUAAAUGUUACCAGUCUUAUGUGUUUUGUGAUGUUACCGAUGUUAUCUACAAACAACACGAGCAGGUGAAGGUGAUGAACAGUAAACAACCUGAAACUUCUGGUGAAAAUAAGGUGACAAUAGCUGAUACACUUAACAGGUAGAUAAUUUUUUGAAUAGGUUGUUGGAGACUGUGAUAGACUGUUCACCAGUGCUGUAGACGGCGUAUAUUAGAACAAGUAUGGAAAAAGCUGACUUGACUGAUGACAUGGACAGAAAAGGAAAUUUUAAAAUGAUGGUUGAAAAUCACUUACCAGAUAAUGCAGACUGUGAAGAUUUUCAAAGUGUAGGAAUGAUUCAACAGCUAUUCAUUAAAUCUGAGGAUAUUCACAAUGAUGAAGCCAACCCUACAACAGCUUUGGAUAGAGAACCGGAUGUUAACUGGGAGAUAGAUAAUAAGAACACACUUGAGGUGGAUGUAAAUAUGAAGACAGAUAAUGCAGUUAACAAUCUAAAUGAAUGUGAUAUAAAUACGAACCUAAUUACUGAAUUAGUCUUAAGCAGAAUUAAAAACGAAUAUAGUGAACUUGAUAAUAUAGAUGAAUAUACCGCAAGUAAUAACGAAGAUCUCAACGUUCAUCUUAGUGAAGUAAACCCAGCCAUUGAUGUGGAUAGUGAAGACGUCAAGGGAACAGAAAUCACUGGAGGUUUCACUACCAAGAGUCAAGGUGGAGUAGGCGUGGAUGCAACUUCGGAUGUAACUUUGAAUGGGCCCUAUUCCAAUCUUCCUACAUUCAAAACGUGCCCACACUGCAAUGCAAUGUUUAAAAGGAAAGCAGCAUUGGAUGAUCAUGUCAUUAAGAAGCACCCGAAUUUUAUCACAACAAUAAAUAGAAAAGUAUACGAAUGUACAUUAUGUAUUUUUAAAACCGUUACAAAAAACUAUCUGAUUAAGCAUAUGGCAACACAUUCCGACACGGUUUCCAGUAAGCUCAUCACUUGUACUCAUUGUAAUGCAACAUUCAAAAGUGGUGCAUCAUUGGAUGACCAUAUAGUUAGGAAACAUCCUGAUUUUAUUACAAACAUUGAUAGAAAAAUAUAUGAAUGUACGGAAUGUUCGUAUAAAACUACGGUAAAGAAUAAUUUGAAUAAGCAUGUCACAGUAAACCACGUCACUGAUUCAGAUAGAAAGAGUUUUUCGUGCAUUCUCUGUGAUGCAAUAUUUAAAACUGAUGUAUCUCUGGAUAACCAUCUGAUAAAAAAACAUCCAAUUACCUCUACAUCAGUUACUAGGAAAACUUUACAAUGCCCAAAAUGUGAUUAUACAACUGUUCUUAGAAGUCAUCUCAACAGGCAUAUGUUGAAACACCCUGAUAUUGAAUCGAGUUACAAACCUAGACUAUGCCCUCACUGUAAUAAAUCGUUUAAAAGUAAAGUAGCAUUAGAUGCCCAUAUAGUUAGAAGACAUCCUGAGUUUAUUACAUCAGUUACUAACAAGUUACACGAAUGUGGAGAAUGUAUGUACAAGACUACUAAUAAGUGUCAUUAUGUUAGGCAUAUUUUAACUCAUUCAGAGACGUCUACUUGUAAUAGAUGUAAACACUGUAAUAAAACUUUUAAAUUGAAAGCAACACUGCACGAUCACGUCAUUAAAAACCAUUAAGCAGCAUUUUCAUGAGAUUGUCGUGCCUCAAGUGAGACAUGGUCAUAUGUGUGUGUGUGUCUUUCAGCGCUAGCUAAAGAGAGCCAUUGUGGUACGGAUUGAAAUUUCUAGUUCUAGAAACUGCUCAACCAUAAAUUAUGAUGAGCUCCAACGCGUGGGUCCUUUUUGUUUUAGCUUCUUUGGCAGUUUUUCCACCAAAUUUUGUUCUAGAAGUUUCGCUGGUACAGAAAAAUACGUUGGCAGUUAUUAGCCUUGGGGGAUAAGAAAGAUAAAAAUAUUUUAUAAUUUCUGUAUAAUUAAGGCCACAUUUUUGGGUAAAGCCUUUAGCAACUAGCGGUGCUCUAAACACCCUCUUAUUUUUUACGAUAUUUUUUUGAGGUAGUCUAUCGACUAACUCCCAUGCAUUGUUGGCUUUAAGAGCAUCCAACUCUUUUUAUAGCACUCUUCCAUUCCAUUUAUUCGGAACCAGAUAAAGCUUCAGAAAGUAUUGCAAGUAUGACAAGUCGCUACCAUUACAAAAUCAAGAUCAUCAUCCAUUAAGUAUUCAAGGGCGUCGUCAGCCAAUGGCCCAAGUAAAGUCAAUAGCACAUCAAAUUUGACACGUGUAGUACGAGUAUUCCUAUGGUGAUUGUGAUAAGAACAGUCUAAAGUCCAAUUUGUGAAUCUCCACGAGCUCUUUGCUGUACAGAAAACGAAACUUAAAUUAAAUUAUGUUAUUAUAUUUAUUAUAAGAGUUUGAGUAAAUAUUUUCUUAAAUGAGUAUACAGAUAAGUCUAAUACAGUAUACUUUAAUUGAAACAUAAUUUUCUUUUUUUUGCAAACUCCUCGACCACUUUAUUAUGAAAUUCCAAGUUUGCUUCAGCUUCAUGUGCACACUCAUCAUGGCCAGACCAUUCGAGCGAUUUUCGCCCAUGGUGCUUCUAAACCAGAUUUUUAGUCUCCUGAAGCUGUUAAAUGAGCGCUCUACCGUACAUGUUGUGCUUGGUAUAGUGAUAAAAAUUUUCAACGCCUUUUCUGUUUCGGGAAGAAAGUUUUUGCCUCUUUGAUGGCAUCAACAACGGUUAAGUUUGUUAAGUUUGCUGCCAACGUUCGACUUCAAUAUUUAAUUAUAAUAUUUUUCGAUAUUUUGGCAAGUUUGUUUGAGUUCGUCGAGUGACAUCGUUUGCAUUUGCACCGAGUGUAAUUUGGACAAUUCAAAUGCUGGAGUGUUGUCAUCAGGAAAACGUGUUUCAAGGGAUCUAAUAAUGGAGUCCAAGUAUGGUAUUAUCAUUGGCCUCUUCCAGAAUUCUGAAGGGUUUUCUAUUGGGUGAUUGCUUCGAUUCCGUUGUUUUCCUACCAUGGCUCUUAAGUAAUUCUAAAAUGCUUUUAAUGUGUUGCGAGGCCUUCACAACGUCGAAGGCUGUGGAUUGAAGCACGUUCACAAUAGUUUCCAACAUAGCAGAGUAUUUGGAUAUCAAAGUAAUGGCAAGAAUAAACGAAAUUUUGGAAGCAGCCGCAUGGAGUUGAAAGGCAUUUUUUCGAGUGGCACUAUUUCCUUCUCGCGAUAAGGCUUCCAAUAUUCUAUGGAAAUUCUCCAUGAAAACUCUGAUGGUUUUAUGUUUCUCAUUCCCGAGAAAAUGUAAUGAUAUCUUUGGUGGUUCCCAUGACAUUUCGAAUUUCGGGAAGAAUGUUGAGAUCAUUAAUUACUAAAUUUAAUUUGUGGGUCGAGGAAUGCAAGAACAAAGCUCUGGUAUAUAUUUGGUAUAUUUUGCGCAUGAUUGCUUGUACUCCUCCUUUUCCGGACAUCGUCGAGCAACCGUCAAACCCCAAUUUAUAUUUUAUAUAGAUUUCGUAUCCAGAUAUGCUUCUGACUUUUUUACUUUUGUCGUAAUGUCUGCCUUAAUAACAUCUCCACAAUUUCCGAUAACUUCAUUUUAAAUCUCAACGGAUUGAUAAGGUUUCUUUAAAACCAAAUCUCCAGCAUCAAUUCGUAGCUCGUAUAAGUCCUCCAAAAUACCUUCGCCAUAAUGCUGCUCCGGAUCGCGCAAAUAGUGAUAAGUGCAGGAUUGUAAGACACUGCGACAUAUAUUACGAGCCUACGGCUUCGUUAGGGUGCCCUUAACGUACUUCAUUAUAAUCUUUUAAUUCAAUAAAAAAUAAUCUUUUGUAAUAUUUGGAGGUUUAGUCAGUAAAGUUAAAAAAUUGUGCAAUUUGCAUUUUGGUUAAAUUAGCUUUUGAUGAAUUGGCUUUUUUACCACUUCACAAAAAUCGUCAACAUCGUACACAUUUUUUUUCUUUUGGUGGUAAGCUCAACUUGGGGAUGGGACAGAACGGAUCGGCUGCCAUGAAAAUAUGGCCUGACUCAAAAAACUUGAGUACUAUAUUUCCUACAGCAACUUCUGAACUGUUAACCAAAUACAUACAGAAACCAAAAAGGGGCCAAUUUUUAUUUUGGGUCGAACAAUCAUCAAGCCAAACUGUUAUAUGUUUAAUGUCGAUAUUUGCCAGAAAAAAAGCAUAGAACGUAGAAAUAAUCUUCUCAAUCUUUGGAUCUGCCAACAAUUCUCUCACACCACAACAUAACCAAAUGGUAGGUACCUAUUGGACUUCUGUCCAAGCUCUCAUCAUAUGCUACGAUACGUGGCCUAAAAUAUUUUCUUUGAAUGUUUCCAAAUAAGGCAGCAUGGUCACCUGAAAAUUAAGGAAACUGUGUUUAAAUAAUUCUACCAUCUACAUCAGCUUCAUGAGAUGUGGCUUUUUGUGUAUUUCAAACUCUUGGCAGUCCUAGCAUUCUUGAUUUCCCAGAUUGGCAAAGGAUAUAUUUAGGUCAUUAGUACUCAAUUUUUCUGUACAAUUCGUAAGAAAAAUUUGUAUUUGGAUAUUUCAGUCUAAAAUCUUCGUACACGAGUGUUAUGUUUACAUCACUGGGAAGAUAUUUUCUGUGAGGAGCCUGCUCUCUUCUGUAUUGCGAUAGUUUUUCUUUCCAAUUGAGCCCAUUUUCAUCUGCAUUGUUAACGUUUUCGAGGGCGUAAUUUUAUUCCUUCAGUAACUCCCUUAGUUUGAUUUUGAAUGAAUCUGCUGCUGAUGAAUCAGCCGACAGUUUUUCUCCGUGUAUUUGCAGCUUACGAAUGCCAUGUCUCGACUUAAAUCUUUUCAACCAGCCUGUGCUUGCUUGAACAUUUGAUGGACCUCUGCGUUUAUCGUUGAACUGAAGUGCUUUUUCACACAGAAUCGAACCAGAAACAGGUUCUCCCUGGGAUAUUUUCUGAGUAAACCACUUAUAUACAGCAUCAUCUAAAUCCGUUUUUGAGGCAAGAAGAAUCAAGCUGGGACAUAAAGUUACAUAUGCUCGUCUUUUGUUUUUUUAUAUCCGUAAUGGUGACUUACCAACUUUGCAUUCAUUGGAUAACUUUGUUGCAGAUUCACCUUCCUCUAACCGUUUAUUAAUCUCGUAUUUAUCUUUCAUAGAAAGAACAACACGCUUACGUUUAGGCAUUUUCAAACGAGUGUUUACUUUCACGCGACAAAAUUUAGUUUAUUUCCUAGCGGCUACUCAGAAGUAACUAACAUAUGAAUAAUAACUAACAAGUCGAAACAAGUGCGCACACGAGCUCGGGGCGCGGGAGAGGGGAGAGUCGGGAGUUCGCAUAAGCGGUCGUUCGGUUGAUCGACGUUCGGAUAAUCGACGCUCUACUGUACUUCUUUUUCUUCACUUACCCAGUUCGGCCCAAGUCAAGAUUUCAUGGGCACGCAAGACAACUGUUGAAAUAUACUCUACUAGGCUCUAGAAACGAAUUUUUUCCCAAAAUCGUUCGACAACACGUAAAAAAUGAAAAUUGACGCCAUGACGUUCGUCCGUCGUUACCCCGAGAUAGACAUACGUUUUGACAGUUGACCUUGUUAUUCUUAGCCGCUUUCCAGUGCCUCAUUUGUGUUACUCGGGGUAACUGGAAGCUAUCCACCACCUGCCAAUAGCGUUCCAGUGCUCUAGAGUGUCAUGCACCUGAGCUACUCAUUUUUGAAAUCCCCUGCCCCCCAUGCACCAGCUUUAUUCAAUGUUAUACGCUCCGAAAUAGUGGGG